GAGGGAUCGCUCAUAGAAUGGGGGGAGAGUCGCAGUGUUUAUACAUGUCAUGUCCUGGGAGAGCGUAGCGGGAUCGCCGAUCCUCUAAUGAGCAGCUCCAUUGCCAGAAGCAGACGGGAGUGCGGGGCUGCCGCUCAGUGCUUACAUGGGAAGAGGAUCUCUGCAAUGUUCUACGCAUCCAUCUUAUAGAGAGCCUGACGUAGUAAGCGGGAUCUUUGCAUUUUGAAAUGCAGACGUGAGAAAGACAAAGAGCAAUACUGGAGCUCUAAAUUAUGCAGUCAUUCCGAGAGCAAAGCAGCUACCACGGUAAUCAGCAAACCUACUCACCGGAAGCUCACAGGCCCUCAAGUAUGGAAGAGUACAGUCCUCGAGAGCAGGCUCAGAUAUUCCAAAGCAGCUAUGGAGGACGUAGAGGAGGGACAGUCACUCCUACUACAAUGGCUUCAGGGGAAAAUUCCAGUCUGCAAAGUUACCAAGCUUAUCGAAAAGAAUCGGGUGACUUCUAUUACCUUGGGAAUAAAGAAGGAAGCUCACCUGGGAGCCAGACACCACAGCGCCGACCCCCUGGACCAGUACAGAGUUAUGGACCUCCUCAAGGAAAUACCAGUAGUAGCAGCACAGGCUUCAGCAGUCACUUUGGGAGAGAGGGCCACCACAGCCAAUUUGCAAGUCAGCCAUCUGCGGCAGCCAGCAUUUCUCAGUACUCGCAGGAUUUUCCAGGAUCGUAUUCCCCAAGUGGUAGCCAGUAUUCAUCACAUGUUCCUAGUCCACAGUUAAGACAACAACUUUACCAGUCACAUCAGCCCCUUCCUCAGUCUGGCAACACACCUGCAUCCACAGGAUCCUCACAUCUGCAGCAAAUGCAGCGUUCACCUGGAUAUCCUUUACGAGUAGGACAGUUUGAACAACAUUAUCAGUCUUCUGCAGGGUCAACAUCCAGUUCCUUUCCUCUUCAGAGGUUUGGGCAAUCUGGAACAAACUAUGAGGGCUAUAGUCCUGGGGGUUCUACCUCUCCAUAUGAGAGUCAUAUAUCAGGAUCAUCUUAUGGAACGCAACAAGGGUGUAGCAGUUAUGCCAGCCAGCACUUAAAAAACUUUGAUACAGCUAAAAUUCCACAAAGUGGAGGUCAGGGAGAACAACCGCAGAACCCUCCUAAUGUAUUGCAGUAUUUAAAUUCCUCUAAAUUACUACCACAAAACCAAACUGGACAAUUCAACCAAUCUGAAGUCACUGUACAAUCGCCUAUGCAGUUCCAGCCGAACUUCAGCCCUAUCUCCAACCCAUCUCCAGCUGCUUCUGUAGUACAGUCUCCUAGCUGUAGCUCCUCACCUUCACCUCUGAUGACUAGUGGAGAAAAUAUUCAGUGUGGACAGGGAAAUGUACCACUCCCAACCAGAAACCGUAUAUUGCCGGUAAUGCCACAACUGAGUCCUAGCAAACAGUUGGCCAGUUUUAAAGGUUUUGAUGUGGAAGGUCUCCAAGAAAAACAUUUAACAGACCCAGGUCUGAGCAGCCUUAGUGCACUUAGUAGCCAAGUAGCCAACUUGCCUAAUACAGUUCAACACAUGCUGCUUUCUGAUGCUUUGUCGCCUCACAAAAAAGGUGGUAAACGGACUUCUAGAAAAACUGACAGUUGUGCCAAUUCAGAGACUUCUUCCCAAGCUGAAGAGCAACUGAAAUCUCCAAUGGCAGAAUCAUUGGAUGGUAGCUGUUCUAGCAGUUCGGGAGAUCAAGGUGAAAGAGUAAGACAGCUAAGUGGCCAGAGCUCCAGUUCAGAAAUGGGUUUUAAAGGACUGCCUUCAGAAAAGACAACUUCAACCUCUCAUGUAUGGCAAAAUGAACUUUUAGGAAAGACUGCAAUUCAACAAAAUGAUACAGUGCCAGAACCAGAAGAGACCUUUCAGGAAAUUCCCAAGGCAAGUGAGAAGUCCGUUGGGGUGAUAGUUUCAAUGGAAACUGUUGCAAACCGGCCAGAGCAAGUAGUUGAUGAUGAUCAGACAUCAGUUAAUAAUGAUGUUGAGCAAACACUUGAACCUGAGUUGCCUGAAAUGGCUAAUGAGGAAAAUGUUAAGGAUUGUUCUAACAGCCAGGAUGGAGAACCUAAUACUGCUGAUACUGCCUUUACCACAACCACUAGUAUACUCCAAAUAGAAUCUGUUAAAUCUCCGGUUGACACUGGAUUUGGCUUAAACGAUGCACCAAGUAUUUCCAGAAAUCCUACCAAUCCGCAUCCAAAAAAAUCAGAGAUGGGAAAUUUUGGAGGGCAGAGUGAUCGAAAGUCUGGAAGAGGUGAAAAAUAUCCAAGCCUUUUACAAGAGGUUUUGCAAGGUCACCAUCAACAAGAAAGAAGGUAUGCUGUUAACACUCAUGACAAUCCAGCAGUUGCUGGAAGUCCCGAAGUACCAUCAAGGCCCAAUGUUUUUGUGAACCAGACAAAUGACCAACCUAACCGUACUAUCUUUGGGAAAAGUUUAGCACCUCAUUUAGAAUCCUCACAUUGGACUCAGUGGGAUAGAAAAUCUAUUUUAGAAAUGAAACAGAUAAAUAUGUCAGAUUAUCCUGCAAAUCGAAAGUUUGAGAUUGAACCACCAACUGUUUGCCCUGAACAGAGUAGCGUUCCUUCUGAAAGGAGAUCUGUUAUAUGUGACAUAUCCCCACUAAGACAACUUGUGCGUGAACCCAAUAGUUCUCAAAAUGUUGGCACUGCUCAAGAAAGACCACCAGAAGGAAGACCUGGACAGUCUGUUAUCCUUCCUAGUGGAAUAUUAUCAAUGGAAAGGUCCACUAGUCAAGGUAUGGCCAAGGGUGAAGAUAUCGAGUUCCCAAAGGUGCAGAAAAAGAGAACAGGAAAACAUUGUAUGCCAUACAACAUGAAAGACUCUGCCAAAGGAAAUGCCAGUCCAAAAUCCUUGACACAUGAACCAAACCAGAGCUUUAGUUCACAUAACAAUCGUGUUUCAAAUCCCAAAAGGGGUACUGGCAGGGUGGGAUCUCGAGGGAGGUCACCAGCACAGUCUCAAGAGCUUAGUAAUAGGUUAAAGAUGUCUCCAGGAAGAAGUCAUGGUGCAACGGAGGUUCAUCACAUUAAUCCAACAAUGAGUCUAUCAGAACGAGCAAGUAGAGAAGCUUUGUACUCUGCUUUUUUCCCAAAAACUGAUAGUUCUACUCUAGGAUAUCAUACAAAUUCUAGAUCAAGCUCUUAUGGAGAGCCUCACCCCACAUUCACUUCUUUACAUUACAAAAGACAUAUUUACCAACAAGAACAAUAUAAAGAAUGGUUAGGAAACUCUGCUCAAGCUAUACUCGCAGCCUCACAACAUCGACAUGAAGUGCUGCGGAAAAGUCAGAGACAGGAACCCUUUCAUGUUCGUAGUCCAGGUAGAAGUGAAAAUGAAGGCUUAGGAUAUAGUCAGCAAAUUUCAUAUCAUGAAUCUAGCAACAUAGACUAUGGCCGCCAUAUGCGUAUGGGUGAAGGUACAAAUGUUGCGUUAAAGCGAAACAGUCAAAAGUCUCCGUCAAGAGAACCCUUAAAUUGGCACUUGGGACAACAAGCUUCUCCUUUAAAGAAAGUUGUGUCUCCGGUAGGUACAAACCAGAAACCAUUCAACUCCAUUAGGGAAUCUGAAACACAUGGAACCAGUGCUGGAGAAUCAAUAGAGCUCCCAAAACUUGUGUGCAAUGCGCAUCAGCCUUCAGGACCUGAAGAAGUAUCACACCACAACCCAUUAGUUAUGAGAAGAAGAGUACGUUCUUUCAUUUCCCCUAUCCCUAGCAAAAAGCAGUUGCUUGAUGACAAAGGCCGGCUACCUAAUUCUAUUUCAAAAGAAGGUCCUGACAAAACACCUACAUUACAUAGUUUGUCACCAAGGGGAAACAAUGGUGAAUUUUUAUCCGUUAUAGAAGAGUCCUCCAAAUCUGGACCUGAACAGAGGAGCCCUCCUCCAGUAUCCCUUUCAAGUCCAACAAAGACAAAAAUUCUCCCUCCCCGCAAGGGAAGGGGCCUAAAGCUAGAAGCUAUAGUGCAGAAAAUUACAUCUCCCAAUGUGCGUCGGAUUUCUGCUUCAAGCAGCUCAGAGAAUGCUGUUGAACCAGUAACACUUGAUGACUUCUUAUCUCUCAAGGGCAAGGACUCAGAAAGUGGUAAUGGAUUAAUGCACAAAGUAGAAAGAGCAGUUGAUAUCUUACCUGAUUUAUCUAAUAAUGAAGAGCUAAAACUCCACAGACUUUCCCCAAAGUCAUUUAACACUUGGAAUAUCCAGGAUGACAAGCAAAUUAAAAAGGAAAUUGACGAACAGUCUAUGGAAGCCAAAGACCUUUCACAAUCUAGACCUCAAAUACAACAAACAUCUAAUCAUGUUAUGGAAGACAGGGGAGCUUCCCCAGCUUUGGUGUCAAAAUGCCCUUUACCACCGGUGCAACCCCAAGAAGUGGCUGACAAAGAUAAGCUAAUUAUUACCCCCAAACAGGAGAUCAUACCUCCUAAAGGCUAUUUUCCAUCAGGGAAAAAGAAAGGUCGUCCUAUUGGAAGUGUUAAUAAGCAGAAAAAACAAUUGCAGGAAGAACAGCAGCUUGAAGCAUCUAUUACAGUAGAUCUGACAUCUUCUCCACCUCCUGUUCUGCCUCCACUACCUCAAAAUCAGCCAGAGCAGACAUUCGAGUCUGAGCCUAAACCGAGAAGAAGGGAGAGAAGGAAGCAAGGUGGGACAAUGAGAAGGAGACGGGGUAAGCAAGCAGCUCCUAUAGUUGCCCCAAUAGAGCCAGAGAUCAAAUUAAAGUAUGCUAGCCAAGCCAUUGAGAAAACUGAGACCAAAACUAAAUCCUUUUUCCCCUAUAUCCAUGUGGAAAACAAAAAGGAAUUAGGCUUGUCCUGUGUUAUAAUCAAUGCUGAAGAGGAAGAACAAAACUGGAAAAACCUAACAUCUGUACAAAAGCGUCAUAGGACUACAUCUCCACAGCCUACUGAGAGCAAAGUUCUUCCAAUCUCAAGCUUCAUGAUACAGGGGCCAGCAGUAACAGAGUCUGCAUUAAUGGGGCACCUUGUCUGCUGUUUUUGUGGUAAAUGGGCCAAUUACAAGAAUCUUGGAGAUUUAUUUGGUCCUUUUUACACCCAGGAAUACGCGUCAACACUAUCCAAGAACCCACCACCGAAAAAAUCAUCAGAAACCCCCCAAAAAGUGAAAGUUCGGCACAAAGACGCAUUAGAUGGCUCCAAGACUGACUCUGAUGAAGAGGAGGAGGAGCCUCAGCAAGCCAGGGAACAGCGCAGCCUGUCUGCACACCCCCGUUACAAACGCCGGAACCGUUCAGGAGACUGUGUCUCUUCUAGACAUGCUGUACCCUCACGUAGGAAGACCACUGACCCUUGUGAACUGUUAACGGACUGUAGUGGACAAUCCACUGCAGAUGUAAUCCCUGACCAAGGGUUUCCAAUCCCCCAACUACCGCUCGACAGCAAUGAAUUCUGGAUUCAUGAGGGGUGUGUCCUUUGGGUCAGUGGUGUCUACUUUGUCUGUGGCCGGUUGUAUGGUUUGCAGGAGGCUUUUGGCAUUGCCAGAGAUAUGAUCUGUGCUCAUUGCCAGGAGCCCGGAGCCACUCUGGGCUGCUUCAGCAAAGGUUGCACCUGCUGCUAUCACUACCCAUGUGCCAUGGACUCCGAAUGUUUACUGAGUGAAGAGAACUUAUAUGUGCACUGCCCCAGUCACAAGACAGACAGUGAGCUGUGUACUGACAGCAAGCAGCCAGAAAGAAUGUGCAGAAGCAAGAGGAGCUGUAACCGGAGCGAUGAAAACAUCAAUGGUCCGCCAGAUAACCUGAUCGCUGUAACCCAGGCUCCAGACUGACAGUCUUCCUUAUGCCCUGUGUAGUAAAUCUACUUGAUUGACAGCAUUGGAAAAGCACAGCAGAGGGAGAAAACAGAAGUAGUGGCAACAUAGCAGAGGACCACCAUUCCUGUGACUCAUACACAGUGCAGAACAAUGCAGAUCUAUCCUAAUAGUGGAAGCACCUUAAAAGUGGUUAUGGCUUAUACCUGCAUUUGCAAAUGUUUGAAAUCUAGUCCUUUUUGCUUUUAUUUUUUUUAGAAGCAGGAUUUAACAUGGAUCUAUUUUGCUUGCAGGCAGCCUUGCACACCUUCCAACUGUGCCAGCAGUUCGGGACAAAAUCCUGGCAGUGUGAGACAGCAGGACAUAGUCACAGAUUUGCCCCACCUGUUGAUAUCAAAGUUCAGGGGUUUUUCAUUUCUUUUUCUUGUGCUUGUAGUUGGCCCUUCCCCUUACACUUUUUGCCAAUUGUAAAUUGACUGAAGAACUUGUCGUUUUUUUCUUUAUCAAUGCUUAUGGGGUGGGGAGGCGCCCAUGGUUGACCUGCAGCUGCCUAUUGGUGUGUCUGGACCUCCCAUAGGAUUUAUUUAUCUGUAUGGAGAGCUGGAGUACUUCUUAAUAUGUUUUGCUCUCAAUGGACGAAUAUAAAAUUGAUUUAUUUAA